AUGGGCAAACUGAAGUGCUUUGAAAUUGUUCUGGCUGGAAAUAAAUCGGUGUAUCACCCCGGGGAACGGGUGCAGGGGAAUGUUGUUGUGGAACUGAAGGGCGACAUGAAAAUGCGAUCUUUGAGAAUUUUCAUGAAAGGUGUGGCGAAGGUUCACUGGACUGAGUCCAGAAGCACUGGCAGCAGAUUGGGCUCUUAUACUGAACAUUAUAAUGCCGAGGUUGAAUACUUUUUCAAGCGGCAGGUUUUGUUUGGUGGAGAGGUAGCUGACGGAAGAGACACUUUGUCAGAUGGACAUCAUGAAUUGCCAUUUUCAUUUGAUCUCCCUAUGGGUGGAAUAUCAACAAGCUUUGAAGGGAAGCAUGGAAGCAUACGGUAUUGGUUGAAGGCAGAGAUGGACAAGCCGUGGUCUUUCAAUCACAAGACUAAGAAAGCCUUCACUGUUAUUAGCCCAAUAGAUAUCAAUCGUCCAGAGUAUCAGGUCCAAGUUGAGAGCAGUGUUGAGAAGACUUUAUGUUGCUGGUUGUGCACUUCAGGUCCCAUCUCCAUCACUUCCAGAACUGACCGAAGAGGCUAUUGCCCAGGUGAAUCCAUUGCUAUAUCAGCUGAGUUUGACAACCACUCAUCUCGUACCGUAAUUCCUUAUGCAACGUUGUACCAGUCACAAGCAUUUUUUGCCAGCGGAAAGUCACGCAUCAGACGCACAAAGUUUACUGUUCUCACCGGCCUUCCUGUUGCACCUGGCACAAGGGGAUCCUGGGAUUCUCAGCUGCUGAAGAUUCCAGCUGUCACGCCAUCUAUAAUCAACUGUUGUGUCAUGAAAGUCGAUUAUUACGUCAAGGUUGCUCUUCACAUUAAUGGUGCCUACAAUUUGACCAUGCAUUUGCCUGUAGUCAUUGGUACUGUGCCUUUCCGACAUGCUGCCAGCUACCGGUACACUGAUUCCCGCUUCUACCGUGAGACUCAAGCUCAGUUUGCCUCUGUUAAUCUUCUGCCCGUGCCGCCACCUUACCGAGAAACAAUCACUCCACCUCCUCCAUUUGAUGAACCACCUGCUUAUGCUGAGAGCAUCGGAGGAGCAGUAAACAUAGAUGAUGAUGAUGACGAUGAACCACCAGGGUCAAACAUGGGAGACCUGACGUACACUCCAAUGUAUCGGUACGUCUACAACUAUAGGCCACCUCCAGCAUACCAUGAGCAACAUCUAUCCUUGCCAACCUGCGGCGAUGAAGAUUCUUGA